GUUGGCGCCAGACUUGUCAAGCUGAUGGAGAGUGGUUUGUCUGCGGUUGAUUUUUUGGAAAAACAGCACCCUUCUGUUGUCAAUAUUUUUGUACUUUGUGAACCUGGACCGCUAUAAACCAAUCUGAACUAUUACUUUUGAUAACAAGUGUGUGUGAAGUUAUUCAGGAUGAAUUGUGAACUUCUGGCAACAUGCAGCGCUCUAGGAUACCUGGAAGGAGACAUUUAUCACAAAGAAGCCGAUUGUUUAGAGAGUGUGAAAGACUUGAUCAGAUACUUGCGCCAUGAAGAUGACACCCGUGAUGUCCGCCAGCAGCUGGGUGAAGGCCACAUUGUUGAGCAUGACCUUCUGCCUAUUAUCACUCAGCAUGGGCAAGACAAGACCCUGUUUGAUGCCUGCAUAAGGCUUAUGGUCAAUCUAACACAACCUGCUCUGCUUUGCUUUGGCAAAGUUCCUGACGACCCCGUGUUUAGACACCACUUUCUGAAAGUGACCUCUCAUUUACAAGCUUACAAAGAGGCAUUUUCGAGUGAGAAGGUGUUUGGCAGUUUAAGUGAGACGCUGUACAACCUGUUACAACUGGAGUGGGAGCAGAGGGAGGAGGAAGACAACCUUCUGAUUGAGAGAAUUCUGCUUCUGGUCCGGAAUGUGCUUCAUGUACCUGCAGAUCCUUCGGAGGAGAAGAAAGUGGAUGAUGACGCCAGUGUCCACGACAGGCUGCUUUGGGCCAUUCACAUGAGCGGUUUUGAUGACCUGGUCAAGUUCUUGGCGUCAGCCCAGAGUGAGCAGCAGUGGAGUAUGCAUGUGUUGGAAAUCAUCUCUCUCAUGUUCAGAGACCAGACACCAGACACGUUGGUGAGUGCUGGGCAUGCUCGCUCUGCAGAGGAGAAGCAGAGAGACACUUCCGAGCUUGAGGGGCUGAGGCAGAAAGAGCAGGCAGAGAAACGAUAUCGUACACUGCAAAGAGGAACCAGACAUUCCCGCUUUGGAGGCUCUUUUGUUGUGAAAGGCCUCAAGGCAAUCGGAGACAAAGAUGUGAUUUAUCACAGAAAUAUUCACAAUUUCAAAAACUAUACUCAUGACACGGGUAAAGCUGUGAGACGUGUUCCUAGGCGAAACAGACAGGCCCGGGAAUGUGUGGACAGAAGGCGCUCAGCUUUAAAUGUUCGACUCUUCCUGCGUGAGUUUUGUGUCGACUUCUUGGAGAACUGCUACAAUCGUCUCAUGUACCUUGUCAAGGAAAGUCUGAUUCGAGAGCAGACCCAGCAGCAUGAUGAGACCUACUACCUUUGGGCGCUCAGCUUCUUCAUGGCCUUUAAUCGUGGAAACAGUUGCCGUGCGGAUUUAGUUUCUGAGACCAUGUCCAGUCGCACUUUCCAUUUCAUUGAGCGCAACAUCACCAACUACUAUGAGAUGAUGUUGACAGACCGCAAAGAGGCCACGUCCUGGUCGCGCAGGAUGCACCUGGCGCUGAAAGCAUAUCAGGAGCUGCUGCUCACUGUGAACGAGAUGGACCGAUCACAAGACGAAAGCAUCCGUCAUAGUGCCAAUGUUAUCAAAAGUAACAUAUUCUACCUAAUGGAAUAUAGGGAGAUAUUUCUGACCUUGCUACGAAAGUAUGAUGAGACCAGACAGCCACAGUCCUACCUUAAAGACUUGGUGGAGUCAACGCAUCUCUUUCUACGUAUGUUAGAGCGCUUCUGCAAAGGACGCAAAAACUUGAUAGUGCAGAGAAAACGUGUAAGGCGGAAAAAGUCCAAAGGAGAUAAAAUUCAGCCUGUUGUAGAAAGGAGCCCAGAAGCUCUGGCAGAAACCUGGAGGAUUGUGGAGGACGAGCUGAGGGGAAUACAUUUUCAGUUGCCAGAGUCUUUAACUGAGCACAUCGUGCCUUUUGAUGCCACAUCUGAAACACCGUUUGAGGAUCAGCGGACUGAGGCCAUGGUGCGGGUACAGGACGCUCUACUGGCCCGAGUGGGACCAGAGGCCUUGGCUCUCCUGCGGGCAGCCAGGGAGGUGUGGCCUGAGAGAGACGUCUUUGGCUCAGCUGAUGUGGAACCUGAAGAGGAAUUGGAACUCCUCAAGCAGCUCUUGCAUGCAGACCUGCCAAGGCCAACGCCUCCUGAGACUCAAGUGGAAGAGGAUGAUUAUGAUGUAGUUAUGGAAGAGGAAGAAGAGCUGGAAGCCGUCCAGGUUUCGGAAACAGAGUUCAAAUUUCUGGACUUCAUCAAGAAGUUUGCCAACCCCAGCAUUGUGCGGCCAUAUUUGCUCUUACUCAAAUCAUACUCAAAAAACACACCUCACACAAACCACUGUGUUGCUCGAAUGCUUCACCGUGUGGCAGUUGACCUCAAAAUGGAUGCAUUACUAUACCAGCUGUCAGUCUUCCAUCUCUUCAACAAAAUCCUGAGUGAUGCUGCUGCAUGCGCUUACAAGGAGCUGGUCACCUUUGCCAAGUAUGUGCUGAACCGUUUCUUUUCACUGGCUGCAACCAACAAUAAGGCUUACGUGGAACUGCUGUUCUGGAAAAAUGUUGGAGCUGUGCGUGAGAUGACAGAAGGUUACAGCAAGGACGGAGUGGGAAAGAAGCCAGCAUGGACUGAAGAGGAAGAGCAGGAGUUGCGCAGGCUCUAUGAAGAACAUCGUCAUUCUGAAGUGCCAGACAUUGUGGAGACCCUGUUGCCAUUGCUAAGCAACAGCACACGCACACGGCGGCAAGUAGUGACACAGCUUGUGCAUAUGGGUCUGGUGGAGAGUACUAAAGAGCUGAAGAAACCUAAGAAAGGUACUGGGAUUGUUCUUUGGACAGAAGAGCAAGAAAAUGAGUUACAGAUGCUCUAUGAGGAAUACAAAGACUCUGAUGAUGUGCUCGGUAACAUUCUGAAGAAGCUGACACACAAGCGCUCCCGUGCACGUGUCGUGGAUAAGCUGCUCAGUAUGGGCCUGGUUUCUGAGAGACGAGAACUUUACAAGAGGAGGAGUCGUGGUGCUCGUCCAAAGAGUUCUGGCACUGAAAUGACCGAGGAGGACUUCCUAGCUGGACUCACACAGGGCUUUCCAGAUGAUGAUCUGAACAGAGAGGAUGAAGAGCACGACUCGUCAGAGAGUGAGGAUGAUGAUGAUGAUGAGCUGGAGAUAGAAGAAACACAGAAUGGCGACAGGAGGAACCAAAGCAUUGUGCCUAAAGGGGAGAGGCGAGCUGACGUAGGCGCCAUGGUGAAUGCGCUGCAUCAGGGAGGCAUGUCUGAAGCCCUUGCAUGGUUGCAACGCUCUCUGGUCCGAACUGCACGUGACCGUAUAGCAGAUGGUUUCUCCCAGCCUGUGGCUCUUGUCCCUCUGACUGAGGCUUGUGAAGAAGCCAUGGAGGACAAGAGCUUCCAGAGGCUGCUGCGCAAACUAGGAAUGAGAGCGCCUGCAAAUGAACAGGAGUCAUUUUGGAGAAUCCCAGCAAAGAUCAGCGCAUCUCAGCUCCAAAGUACGGCCGACUCCCUUAGUCCAAAUAAUGAGGAGUCUAAAAGUGAGAAGGUCCUUAUGGACGUCGGCAGUCCCCCUGAAGAACCUCAGGAGGAGAACGAAGAAAUGUUUAGUGAACAGCGAACAGAAGCUCUGAGAGCACUGCUGCUUGCACGCAAGAGGAAACGGCACAGCAUUGAAGAUGCAGCUCCUGAUAUGAACUCAGACACUACUGAGGAUCUAGAAAGUUCAUUUGAGAGUAGGCGCAAAGAGAAGACUGCCAAAAGAACCAGAGUUAUGGACGACGGCGAUGAGGAUGAUAGCUCCACUACUGUGAUGAAUCCAGAUACAAAUGGCGAUGCAGAUUCAGACAAGGAGGACAUUGCUGCUCCUGUGAAGCGUCGACGAAAGAUGGUGUUGAUUGAUGAAGAAGAGGAUGACGAUUAAUAGACAAUCCUUUAUGAGUGCAGUCUGUAUGUGUAAACAAUUCCAGAAAAAGUACAUCUUCUUAUAGGCAUAGGUGAGUCUUAUGAAACAUUUUCCUUAACAUUGUAUUCAUAAGCAACAGAUAUGCAGUUCUAAUGUUAUAAGUGAGUUGCAGUUUUUCCUCUUUAGAAAUCUACAGGCAAUCAGCAUAACAUCUUGUAAAUAAAUCUGAAAGCUGAUGUCUUUUA